AUGUCCGACCAGAAACACAAGGAGAGGGAACUCUUGUCAAAAUAAAUUAAGAAAUAAAAUCCCAGAGAGCCAAACACUGUACAUAAAUGGUUGAGACGAAAGAAAUUUCACCUGAGCCGUAUGUUGCACAUCGAGCAGUAUUUGACAACAAAGCAGACUUGACUUAACAAACAAAUAAGCCGCUAACCACGCUCGCUGCUGCUUUGGCCGUUUUGGUGUCUGACCAGAAACAAGGCAGCAGAACUUGCUUCGCUCAAGUAGGCCAUUUCGGACGUUCACAACUCUCACACGGAGGACUUCAAUUUCCCAAAAGGGGAUCUACGUUUCGAUUUUGAAUGAGCUCACAAAUGCAAAGGCCUGAGAACGACCGGUUUACGCCGUUGGCAAGAAGCGGCCAUGCACCUGUCAGGAUGAAGGCGCGAACGUGACGCCCUCAUCGUUGUAAAAAGUCGUCGGCCGGGGAGUUCUUGAACCUGUUGGGCAGCGGCCCAGCUGACUACACUUGGAACGUUUUCUGAGCAAACGCCGCUGCUCGGAAUCCAAACAACGACCAGGGAUGGCGCGAGUGCGAAGAACGACCAGCAGGCGGCAGGACGUCCUGUUUGAAGCGGGGGCGAAGCGGAAGUAGCGGCAAGAGGAGUCGAGGAAGAUUCGCCCGGGAAGUUUGACGUUUACCGAAACUCGUCCGUUGUUUUGUUUUUUUGACAACUUAGAUUACGUUUCGUUGAAAAAAAAAACAUCAAUGUAGGUUUGUCUUUUUUGAAUUUUUUUUAUUGUUUCUCUGAACGCUUCAACAGUCACGUCAACAACGAGAAUAAGCUAGCAAAGUCACGCACACUCAAGUCGUACAACAACAAGGUUUGUUCCACUGGACCAACGCGCGAGGCAGUGGUCCCGGUGCACACCGCGGUCAUGGAGUCCACCGAGAGACGAUUCGCUCACCUGCUGCAGCCCAUCCGGGAGCUCACCAAGAACUGGGACAUGGACGUGGCGGCCGAGCUCAACGACUACCUGGAAGAGCUGGACGAGAUGUGCAUCACGUUGGACGAAGGCAAAACCCAACUGAACUUUGCCGAGGCGGCGCUGCUCAUCCAAGGUUCGACCUGCAUCUACAGCAAGAAGGUGGAGUUGCUGCACAAUCUGGUCUUCCAAACGUUGGACUACAUCCGAGACAGGAAGCACAAACGAGGCCAAGGAGCGGCGGCGCGCGACGACAACGGUGAUGCCGCGGCAGCGCGGCGAGAUGACAAUUCCGAUGAUGAUUUUUGCGAACUGGACAUUGAAGCGCCUGGCUGGGUGGACAGGCCAGAAGUCGGCGUGCCGGUGAAAGUGGUUCCUCUCCCUCCGGCGUCUCUGCUUCCUCCUGAAAGUCGACACAAGCACAAGUUUCCACUCAUCAGUGCCAAAGGUGAGGUGGUGUGGAGCCAGAAGGACUUCCGCAUCAACAUUUUCCUGCCGGGACUUCAGGACUUGAUCUACCUGACGCUGCCCUCCACCGCCAGUGCGCCUCUCCAGGAUGCUGGUGUUGUUGACUUCGCGACCGGCAGUCAUGAAAUGGCAGACGACCCAGAGGGGAGCUUCCUUCCUGCGGAUGGCGCCAUGGAAGCGCAACAGGACGUAGACGAGCACGUCGAGAGGCAGCAGGGUCCGGGAGAGCGGCGGAGGCAGGUUCCCCCCAAAGAUAGGGCGGCGCCCCCUGCUUGCAACAUUUGGGCGCUCUACGACGCGUACGCCAUGCCGGAGGAGAAACCUUUCAAGUCAGGAAAGGCCCACAAGGUUCCGGCCGGUCUGGACGACGGAGGCAAGAGGAAACGCCAGGCUGCGCCGCCGCUGCAGGACUUCUGGACCUGGUUCAAACAAACAUAUGACCCUCCGGAGCGCAAGCUGAGAAGAGGACCCACCUGCAUCGACCUCAACUACAUUUAUCAGAGUAGCCUCAAAAGCAAGCUGAGCAAUCUCAAAAGAACCAACGGGAAAGAAUUUGGCACUCACGCUGUGGAUGAGGACCUGAUGAGGAGACUUCUGGAGGUGGAGGACGCAGAGGCACAAGGAAAGCAACAGGACCCGGCCGAUGGAUUCGAGGCAGAUGAAGAUGAAGACAACCAUGAGCAGGAAACGUCUGAAGCAGGAGGUGUCGACGCGUCUCCAGAAGUCGAGCUGAGCUACAAGGACCUGGUCAGGCUGCGAGUGGUAGGUGAUGACAUCACGCCUCACACCAAUGGAGAGUGUGUCACACGCGCGCGUGCGCCUUUAGGAGGAGAUGGCGAGGAACUGUCGAGACUACGCGCAGCAGACGGCCUUGUCCCGCCGCGUCCAGGAGUGGGAGGACCAGCUCCGUCCCAAACUCCUUCAGCAGGAGGCGUGUCCGGCGUUCCAGAUCCACGAGUACGGCGACAGGAUCGUGUCGGCGUUGGACGGCGCGGGCCGGCGCCGCGCCUUCUCGUCCAUCGUGCGCGCCUUGGACGGCUCGGAAGCCUGCCGGUUCCUGCUGGCGUCUCUGCAUCUGGCCAACGAGUACACGGUGGCCAUCGACGGCGCGGCGGGUCUGGAGGACAGCGUGGACUCGAUGGGCUUGACUCUGCUCGGCGGCGGCGACCGCUUCCGUCCAAAAGCUCCCUGCUUCGCCUCCUCCCAGUGACGACGGCCACGGAGAGCUCCGGCCUGCGCCGUGAAAAGUGCGUCCGCGUGUCAGGAUUAAGAGCAAGCGUUGGAAAGGAUUUGGGGGGAAGAGUUCCUCGGGGAACUCUCGAUCCCAUGCGUACGGUUUGGAAAGCCAGAAACACGCGCAUCCUGUUUUUUUGCUCCGUGAAAUCUUUCACAGUCAAUAAACAUGUCCUGACAAAGCUCGUGAAAUCUUUACAGUUUUUAUUCAGUGAUUUGAUCGAGGGUGUCUGCUCCCGACAAGUAUUGUGAAAUCCGAUCGCUUCCCAUUCAAGGAUUCCAACGAGGAAU